AUGACAGACAAGACAUCUCUGAAGCCAGCGCUUGCAGUUCUAGAGUAUGGGCAAUCUGACGAGCUCCAGACUCCAUCGUCAAUCACUGCGGUAACAGAUCAAGAUAACCUAGAGGAAGGAGAGAUUUCCGAGGAAGACACAUCAAGUACCGCUUCAACUUCUCCCGGAAUCGGGGGCCAGCUGUUGAAUAUAUCAAGUGGCACAAGUCAUUCCUCUGACUCUGCUCAGAGCUCCCGUUUACCUUCUCCCUCAAUCACUGCCUGCGGCUUGACCGCCACAUCAACAACACCACAACGUCCGGAUAUGGGACCUAUGACUCGCCAAGACCUGGAUCACACUAAGAACAUCGUACUUGAUCUCCUAGGCUGGGGCGUUUCUCCUGAAUAUCUGAUCAAGGCUGGUGUGUCGGCGGGUGUAAUAUACAGGGUGUUUACCGAUCUCAAUCUCCGUCUUCCUACAAAUCUUGUUCUUCCUCCCACUCAGCCCUUGCCACCGCCUUCUGGUAUACGAUAA